UUAAACUUUAUUUUUACCUGUUUUAUUAUACUCUUCAAGCUUCUCUUCUCUUGAUGUCUGCUCACUCUCUAAACUAGAGUAUUUCAUUCGCACCUCGCCUCUCUUCUCUUUGUCUUCCUCCUUGCAACAAGAUUUCAGGAAGUUUCUCAGUAAACCACUUGACUUUACAGACCGACAUUCUAGUUCCUCUGAAUGCUAUAUAUAAUUAUAAUAUGUUCAUUGUUGAUUAAGUAAUUUACCUUUUUAAAACAUAAUGUUAUUUUGAGAUUUUAAGAUUGCAGUAAUGGCGCUCCAACAAGUUUUCUAUAUUCAUAUAGCAUCAAAUCAUCAUCAUUCACCUCAUGGCCCUUUACACUGUAAGGUAAAGAUCCCACAAUAUUAGAGUGAAAACAUAACUUGUAUAGGAAAUUUAGCUUAUCUUUACAUCAGUUCAACAUCAUACAAGCAAUACAGCAUCAUUAUAUUGCUAUAUAAGUGCUUUCUUACGUACUCAGUUAAAAAAAAAAAAAGUUCCUUGAGAAGGAUUGAGUGCUUUAAAGAGCUUAAGAAUUUAAAAUAAACUCCUCCUCUCUCAUUCCCCCCAUUUCUCCAUAUUUAGUCAUAUUUCAUGCCCAAAUAUGCUGAAGUGUUUGCUGCCUCUCUGCAAACACUUCUGCAUAUUUAACCUUAUUUUGUAUCCAUUUAUAUUCUGCACCAUCUCUGCUGCUCUUAGUAUUGCUAAGCAAUCUUAUUUUAACAUUGUUAUAACAAUGCACUGCUCUGCACGUGUAUUUGUGAAAAUUAUUUUUAACCACUUAAAAAAAGAUCAGUGCAGCAGUUUGUUGUUUGUGUGCGUCUACAUAGCUGGAUCCAGAGGAUUGUGAUCGCCAACAUUAUAUAUGUCAUAAAAAAAUCUCUUCAGUCUUGUUCACAUUAAGAUUGGCUUACUGACUUUCUUCUGAAUUUGAUGCCUGCCUUCAAAGAAUUCUAAGAUCUAAGUCUAAGAUAAAACAUUUUGUGUUGACCUCUAUUGUUCCUGUUAUGGCCUUAGCAGGGCCUCUUCCUGAAAUUGCCCUUGUGUGGGUGUGUCCUGUGUUACGAAAUCAGUUUCACCCCGGUUCUUUCCAUUCCUCGGGCAUCCAGAGACGGCACCGGAACUCAGUAGUUAUUUCACAAAAACCUUUAUUCAUCUUUAUUCAUCUUCAGUUAAGCAUGCAUCUUCUAGAAGGGGAGACGUGCAAGGCCGGUGUCCCUCUGCAAAUCUCCUCUCCUUUGUUUGUUACAGUCAGCUUUAUAGAAGUGACCCCAUCAUAAAACCCCCAUGGUGUGCUGCAAACUCUGUGUCUGUGUGUAUGCACGAGCACGUGAGUGCCUGUUUGUGCACGUACACGUAUGUCUAUGUGAGUGCACGUGAGUGAGUGUGCAUGUAGGUGUGGGUGCGUCGUAACGGUCAAAGCACUGUGUGUGUGUCUCUGUGUGUAUGACUUCCUGCCGGUCAUAAAAGUAAUCUCCUCACCCAAGCUACACCAAAUUCCUUUAGACAACAUACAAAACAGAGUUAACAUAUUACAAACACUGAGACCCCCACUCUGCAUCCACUGGGCCAAUGGCCUCUUGUUGUCUUACAUUUACAGAUAAGGUGGAGAGUCUCCUGCAAACCUGCUUCUAAGUUAUAACAAUUAUGAGUUUUUAUUAAAGGCACAAGCAUCAGCAUCAGCAACCCCCAAAUGUAACUUCCUGUCUCCUUUCAUGACAGCAGACCCCCAGUGCCCAUAAAUUCCUUUCCCUCUAAACAAUUACACACACUCCGGCCUACAGCUACGCCAAACUAAAACACAGACAAAUUCUUCCUUAUUCCUCUGAUAUAAACAAAUUUAACACAUCAUAUUAUAAUACAGUUUUUCUCAGUUGCUUUGGUGCGUUUCUCAGAUCAGAAUUGAAAUUCUCAUAACUAUUAGUUCAACCUCCACAACACUCAGUCAUUUGUGCACAUCAUAGUAGCAAUUUCUCCCCUCUCUGAACAAACUGCAAAUGAUCUUGGACAUGAAUCAGUUGCUUCCAUACAUUUCCCUGCUGCUUCCUGACAUUUCCAUUUGCUUAUGUCAUGUCAGUCAAAAGUAAUCAUACCUAUGGAUGCUGAAUAGUCGUUCCCAAUAAAACUAAUAGUCAUACAUCCAUUGCUUGAGUCAUCACACACAAAAUUGUUGAACUAGUUAUCACAUGCCAAAUAUUGGCCAUCUGUCAAGCAAAUCCUAUACCUUUCUGUAUCAUUUUUCCUGGAAAUGGCUCCGAAAUUGAACAAUUGAUCUCAGGUGAAUUACAGCUGUCACUCAUGAGGAGGCGUGUGAAAGUUCAGUUGUAACCAAUGACAAACAACUUGUUCACUGUCAAUUAUGGAUGAAUCCUGUGAAUCCCCAAUUGGCAAGCAUAUAUAAACUGCGCAGGAGCUAGUGUGUACCAUUUCUACACUUCUGUGACACAAAAUGGAAGGUCAGCACCGUGGAAGAGGGGUGAGGAUGCGGGGAGGAAGGGGAAGGGGAAGAGGGAGAAGAGGCAGAUAUAGGCGGAUUCCUAAUGAAAUAAGGGCUACAAUUGUGGACCAUGUUGUCAAUCACGGCCUCACCAUGGAGGAGGCUGGUCGAAGGGUGCAACCCAAUAUUGGAAGAACUACUGUCAGUUCAAUCAUUCAAACAUUCCGUAGGGAAAACAGGUAUGCAAACAGUAAUUCACUGUACUGUACUCUGCCAUCUCAGACACAUCACAUGUUACUGUACUGUAUUUGCAAAUUCACAAAAAGUCCACUCUGCACCACAUAGGAUUGUCAGACAACCUCGCGGAGGCGGAAGAGGGCCACUUUUUGCCCCACAGCAAGAAGAAGCCAUUUGUGCAAUGGUCAUUGCAAACAAUGCAAUAAAGCUGAGAGAAAUACAAAGCGCUGUCAUAGAGAACUACACGGUAUUUGGCAAUAUUGAAUCUGUUUCAAUUUCAACAAUUGACAGAGUACUCAAGAAGAAUGAAAUCCACAUGAAGCAAUUGUAUAAAGUGCCAUUUGAACGAAACAGUGACAGGGUGAAGGAGAUCCGUCACCAGUAUGUGCAGCGUGUACUGGAGCUGGAAGCCAGGGAAACACUGCACACAUUCAUAUAUGUUGAUGAGGCAGGUUUCAAUCUGGCCAAAGGCAGAAGGCAUGGAAGGAAUCGCAUUGGACAGAGGGCAACCACUGAAGUCCCUGGUCAGCGCGGAGGGAAUAUUACCAUGUGUGCAGCCAUCUCAGACAACGGCGUCCUCACCCAUAUCCCCCUUCUUGGUCCAUACAAUACCCAACAUCUCCUGACAUUUUUAGACACUCUUUACAGGGACCUAGUCCCUGAGAAUGAGAGAGGUGGAGGCCAACUCAGCAAGUAUGUUGUUGUCUGGGAUAAUGUCCGUUUUCACCACUCCCAUCAGGUCAGAGAGUGGUUUGCAGCAUAUGACAGAAUUCUGGUUGAAUAUCUCCCUCCAUAUUCCCCAUUCCUUAAUCCAAUAGAGGAGUUUUUCUCUGCCUGGAGGUGGAAAGUUUAUGACCGGCAUCCACAUGAGCAAAUGGCCCUGCUAGCAGCCAUGGAUGCAGCAUGUGAUGACAUCACAGCAGGGUCCUGCAGAGGAUGGAUUCGCCACUCCAGGAGAUACUUUCCUCGCUGCAUUGCGAGGGAUAACAUCUGUUGUGAUGUAGAUGAAAAUAUGUGGCCAGACAGACGUCUGGAUGUGCCAGAAUGA